UUGGGCAGAGCGGGUGGAAGUGGUGGUGGCUCGACGUGAUGCCGUCACAACGCACGCAUUACUCUUUACGUGAUGACGCAUUUGGGGACUGUCACGUCAUUGCGUACGGUAGUGGCGUAAAAUAAUACAGAAUCAGAAUCUUUAUUUAGUUUUAUUUGUAUAUAUUCUUAAGCGAUUUGUUUACCUUUUCUAUACUUUGCAAUCCUAUUCUAUGGUUCUUUCGGUAAACAUUUGUACUUUGCAAUCCCAUUGAUUUUGUAUUGUUCGUUGUUGUAACGUUUUGAUCCGCCCCUCGUUGGAGACACUUGUGAAAUAGAGCUUUCUAUCUCAUCGGAUUCCUCCAGGAUGAAUAACAGAUUCUGACAAAUAUUUCAACGUCGGCAACCGCUCGAUCGAAAGAAAAAAACGUCCACUGCGCAAUUACGUCAUUUCAACGUACGUCAUCGCGCUUACAUUUGCGUCAUCGCGCAGGGCGGUGGCGCGAGCGCGCGCCUGCGUACACAGUACAGCGCGAGACGUCGCCGCGCAGGGAACGCGUACGUCACCGCGCAGGGAACGCGGUGACGUCAUCGCGCAACUGGCGGGGCCGUGGACAGUUGGGGAAGGGAGGGCGUGGCGGGCUCGGAGUCGUGGAGGCGGCGGCGCUGGUCCGAGGCGCGAGGCCUCGCGGCGAUCUCCAUCCCGGGCGGAAUGGAGGAGGCGUUCUGGGCCAUCGAGCGCGGGCAGGGAGGCUGGGAGCGCGCCUUCCAGGACCUGGCCCGGGACAGCUCUAACUUCCCGUGCCGUGUGGCUCACCUACCGCUCAACCGCACGCUGAACCGUUACCGCGACGUCAGCCCAUAUGACGACAGUCGGGUGAAGCUGCAGAGGGGAGAUAACGACUACAUCAAUGCCAGCCUGGUGUGCGUGCCCCAAGCCGGCCGCAAAUACAUACUCACGCAGGGACCUCUGCCACACACGUGCGGUCACUUCUGGCAGAUGGUGUGGGAGCAGGGCUCGCGGGCCGUGGUCAUGCUCAACCGGCUCGUGGAGAACAACUCGAUUAAGUGCGAGCGGUACUGGCCGUUGCCUGACCACCCCGAGAUGAUUUUCGACGACACGGGCGUGCGUGUGGUGCUCCGUCGCGAGCGCGAACGCCAGAGCUUCACCAUGCGCCGACUCGAGCUGGAGUUCCUGCCGAGCGGGGAGCGCCGCGAGGUGCUGCAGUUCCACUACACGGCGUGGCCGGACUUCGGCGUCCCGUCAUCGCCCGCUCGCUUCCGCGCCUUCCUGCAGGCGGUGCGCGCAUCGGGGGUCCUGCACAGCCGCCAUGGCCCCACGAUUGUGCACUGCAGCGCCGGCAUCGGUCGCUCCGGCUCCUUCUGCCUCGUCGACGCCUGCCUGGCACUGCUGUCGGAGCGAGGCGAGGUGGACGUGCGAGCCGUGCUGCUGUCGAUGCGACGCGCCCGAAUGGGCCUCAUCCAGACCGCCGACCAGCUGCGCUUCUCAUACCUCGCCUUGCUGGGGGAAGACACGCACUCCCAGGACGACGACAACGACAACGACAGUGACGGUGAAGAUGAGGACACCGAGAUGCUUCGCCUCACCCCGCUGCCACCCCCCCCAAACACCCCACCGCUCCCGCCCCCCCGCCGCUCGCUCGAACCUACGUCGCCCCCCUUCUUCCCGGCAACCCCAGAGGGUAAAGCAGACCCCCCCGGACUCCCCGCCAGACCCCUGCCGGGCCCGGCAAGUGAAAUGCCAGUGGACGGGUGCGUUAACGGACAGUCGGACGGGCCGGCCGACGCACGGGAAGAGGUAGAGGCGGGCGGAGGCGCACAGGGAGACGCGCAGAUUGGGGGACGGGGAGAGCCGCCGGUGGGCGAGCUUGCCGACGAGCGGGCAAAGCCGCGAAUGGACGAUUGCGUGGACGCCCGGAGGGAUCCGCGGACAAACGGGCGAGCGGACAGACGGGACGAGCUGCCGCCGCCUCCGGCGGGCUCGGGCUUGCAGGGAGACGCAGGCGCAGAUAACGGACGGGGAGAAGUGCGGGCGGGCGAGGGCGAGGCCGAGGCCGGGCGGGAAGACGCAGCAGGGGACGGGCUGGGAGAUGUGGAUGGGAAGCCCAGGCUGCGUGCGGUCGGACAGGCGGAGCGCCGCGUCGGCUCGCGCGAGAAUCGGCGCGCGGACGGGCUCUUCGCGGGCGGGCCCAACGGCAAUCCGGUGCAACAGGUGGACGAGACCCCACAGGUCCGCGGCAGACGCGCUGCACCGUACCCGUUGCUGUACCAGCUGGCCGCGGUGAUUUUGCCGGCCCUGCUGUUCGUCGCUUACCGUGCUUUGUUUGCCGAGCGGCGGUGAUGGUUGGGUGGGUGAUGAGGUUUUGGGGGGGUGGUGGGGUGGGGGUGGGGGGGGGUUACAGGGAAGGGGUGGGGGGCGGUGACUGUUAACAAUGACGACUUGUGCCGCGCGUCCUUCGACGUGGUGCGCCCGGCGUCCCGCUCCUCGCCUUUUGAGAGCUUCUUCGGCGCUCGAUUUCAGUCGCUGAUGGGGAGCCGCACUCGCGUCACCGUUCUGCUCCGAGGCUGAAAAAAAGCUUUUCCGUGGCACGCCAAGCGAAACGUCGGCGUACGUUGCGCCGAACGGCAAGAGGUACGGCCCAAAAUCGCCGGAAGAGCUGAGCUGGGACACUGUGGACGAUGCCCGAGCAGGUGCGCAGGGCCUUGACGACGGUGGGGAUGACGACGCCGAGGAUGAGCUGCAGUGACCGUUGCGCUGGCUGCGUUACGGGGACAGCGGCGGCUGCAGGGGACAAGGAGAAAGAUUCCCGUGCUCACAGCGGCGCAAAUUGAACUGUGGCCGUGAACAGUUUGAUCGUUUAUACCAUUAUGCUCAUUCUUACAGAGAAUGUGUUAACGCGUGCAACGGGUUCCAUCGCUCAUUCAUGCGCCCACACCCUUGCCCCUGAAUGGCUCUUGCAUUAAGGAAUGCACAUCAAUGAGUUAACGAGGCUACGGCGGGCUCGUCGAAUCACGCGGGUGGGUAGGGACGGCCAUGAGCCGUCACUCGCCCGGUAAUCACGGCCACGUUAAUGACGCAGUGUUCGUACAAGCGCGCCUUCGAGAUACUGGGGAAAAUGCCGAGUUGAAGGGUGGGUUGGGCCGGCACCCCACUAAAUCCAUCCUCUUUACAAAUCCAGAUGUGUCCAUGAAGGACAAAUGUUACCCAUUUACAAUCAUGAAAUUUCUGUUGUUAUUAUUACGAUGGCUUUUUUGUAUGAAAAUGGGAAGAAAAAAAAACAAUGUAAAGAUAUAACCACUGCAAAAAAAAAAUCACCAAAAUGUCACAAGCCAAUUCUGGACCUGCACGCUCCAAAAUGACAAAGCUCCGUCGCUGCAGGACUCCGCUGUGCAGGACUGCGCCAGGGCAGCACAGUCUCACGGUAAUGUUCCGGUGCAGCCGGUGUAAUUGUGAUCGUAAAAUAUAUCCAACGUUUCUAUCAUAAUUUUGGGUCCCCCCCCCCGCUCCCACGACACACUGCACAUUGCUAGACGGCGACGAUGCACAAUUUCUAGCCUAGGUCACAAGUGCGCUCCUCGCCUGCAGGCGUAGAUAGUUCUACCUCUAAAAAGGUCAACUCGUAAAUCAGCCUAUUGUUUUGAAUACUCUACGGAAAUUGUUUUAACGCAGUGCAGCGUCGCAUAUCCGACCCGAUCAAUGAACCACCCGUGCAGUAGCUGUGCAUGGUUGUAACAAGGUAAUAGUUUCCACAGGUUGUAACAAGUCCCGACCUUUUCGCAAAAGUAUUCUGGUAACAAUUUCCCUGCACUUAUAUAACACUUGGCUUAAUAGACCCCCAACAACUCAAGGCACCUUGCAUCGCAACGCAUCUCAACCAUUCGAUGGGCCCACCCCCCUUCAGCGGCAGGCUGUCCCUGUGAGUCGACGCAAAGCGACUCCGUUGUUCUGCCAGUGGGUGAGCGCCGAUUGCAAUGUUGCCGUCUCAAUGGGGCACUUCCUUAGCGUGCAUUCGUUUCUCGGGCACAGUCAAGGGUUUCCCCCCCCCCCCCCCCGCGUUAAAUCGAGCUGCACUUGAAAUCAUCCCGUGACCCAUUUCGCGCGCACGUGUGGUGCGAAUUCCGUGCCACGUAGACGUCCUUCGCCUCUGCCCAUGUGCCAGUCCCCUAACGAGUGGGAUAUGUGACGCUGUAUUGUUGGUAUAUAUAUUUUUGCACUGGCUUUUUUUGUUUUAUCCCCCCCACCACCACCCGCACGCAGCAGGGAUAAUGCACUAUGCAGGUUGGAGGGGGCUUCGCGCUUGCCCGCUUAAAACCGGGCCUAACACCCGAGCUAAUCCGUCCCGUAGCCAAAUCGCGCAACUCGCCAGGCCCACAACUCCUUUGCCCACGUCUCCGCGAGGAGUUUGCGGCUACCUAACGGCUCUCGAAAAUGCGUCACCCAAUCGAUCGCCUGCAACUGCUUUUUCCCCCACUUCUCGGCGAGUAGUAGAUGCGCCGACAACAACAAAAAAUGUAACGGCGCUUGUAUUCAGGAUUGCGAUAAGUUGAUUAUCAAACGCAGUUUGUAAAUGCGUCACGCGACGGAACGCAUCGCUAUGCAUCACCGAGCAGGUCGCCUGGAAGGCGAAGUCUGUGCUCUCAUCCAAGCAUGAGCAACCGAUUGCAGAGACACGCCCACAUAAAGCAAUUUAGUUGUGUGCAUCCAACCUGCUCGGCGUGUGAAACCGGUGUUAAGGGUCUGUGCUCGUGUUGCUUGCCUCAUAAUCGACAGGCCCGGGUUGGGUCUUGGUGCGGGUAGCGAGCUUUGUUGUUGGAGGGGUUGGGCCUGGGUGGUAAGCUGCGGCGUAGGGUUGGGUUUUUUAAUCGAUGAGUUCACGCAUUCCUACCGACGGAGCAAAUGUUCCCGUAGUCUACAUGUUAAAAAGAACAUUUUGGAAAAAGUAAGACGCACCCCAAACGUGUGCCUAGUGGUCAAUAAAGUUAUACAAAUGUCUGGUCAACAACAGCUGCCAUUAACAUAGCACUUGUACCAGGCUAGGUGCACUUUUAGACCACGUCAAGUGUGGAAGGCUCACUGGCAGGAGGUCAUGGGACAGGCCCAGGUGCCAUGGGUUGAUUGAUUUUUUUUUUUAGCCGCCCGGUGCUCCACACAUUGUAGUCAGCGUCACUCCUCCAUUGUUGUUGGAGGGCAAAGCCUUCAGCUUCCCAGUAGCGUCCUUGACGAACCACUCCCACAGAGGCUGAUCUUGACACCACUGGUGUCACUCAUCAGCAAGUCCAAUCAGAUCCACAUUCUCCCGUAUCGCAUCAGUCCAUCUCAUCUCCAGCCUGUGCCUUUCCCGUUUAGUUCCCUCUGUCCGACCAAACAGAAGCUGCUUGGGCAUACAGUGGCUGGGCAUGCAGGCUACAUGCGUUGACUGUUAAUCCAGUCAAUGCAGCCUUGCCUGCUGGAGGAGCUCACUGAUAGGACUAUGUCCAUUCCAGUCUGGUUAAACCCAGGAUGGAUUGUAUGCAGGCCAGCCUCAAUAUUUGGAGCCGAUGCGGAUAUACUUUUCAGGGCUCCACAUUUUGCAAGCAUAGAGAAGGGAGGGCAUAACUGUCCGAAAAAGACCUAGAGCUUUGUUUGAAACUAUAAGCCGAGUAGCUUUCACACAGUGUUUCGUGGCUGAUGAAUAGAUUAUGCUGCUCGACUGAUUCAGAGUGAGACUUCCACUUCUAAACCAGAGUUGGCCGUAACCACACUGCCCCGAUAUGGAUACGUUCCACUCAAUACACAACUGCCCCAUCACUGAUGGGGAGUUGAGUUGGUUGGCUGGCAUAUUUGAUGUCAUAAAAUAUCCAGGCAGGGCUAAUGGUAAGGCCCCAGGUUCAACAGCAGAGUCUUCAACGACUUCUCAGAGUGAACAAAAAAUACAAGUUCAUCAGCAUAACUGACAUGGAUGACUAAUAGGGAGCCAUUCCUUAAUCGAACCCAGGCAUCGAUCAGCCCCCGAUUGUACCUGUACCAGAUGGAAAAUCCCCUAGUACAGCCAUUGAAAGUGUCUUGAACUAGGUGGUUAAAGAAGAUGUUAAAUAGUGUAAGGGCCAGAGAACAUCACUGUCGCUCAACAAGGUGAACAGAAAAUGGCUUUGACUAAAAAUUGACCAGGGCCUGCAUGAAGGUUCUUAAUGAUUGUGAGCAGUGUCAGGGACCCUGUAAACAUGAAGAAUAAUAAAAAACCCUGGCCUUGAAGAUAUCAUAGGCCUUGACUAGGUCAAUACAGAAGAGAUGUAGGUCCUGUGGACAUUCCGUAACAUCUCUGGUGUAGACGAUGAGACGGAGAAUUUGGCGUCUUUGCAGGAACGCCCUGGUCUGAAACCACAAUGGGGUUCCACAGGCCUCUCCUCGGCAAAGGGGAUGUUGGUUACUCAUCGUCAGGAUAUUUCCUGGCAUAGAGAGAGAUGCCGUGAUGGUAGUUGCAAUCAUUGGGCAUCCUUCCAAUCCUGCAGAACCCAUUCUGUGCACCAGACAGUUGCAAUGAUAUAUAUAGGGUAGCCUGCACACAAUCCUCCCACGGCAGUUUGCUUGAGAGGUCAUCACUGCCCGGCGCUUUUUCUGGUCUCAGGCUCUGGAUCACCCUACGUACUUCCUCAACACAUGGCACAUCAGCCAGCCGCUCGCAGGGAGCGGCUACUUCCUCUUAAUAUUUGAGGCAUGGCAGCCCAAAUCAGGGUCAACCCCAUCUUUCAAUUAUCUAUCUUGAUUUGAAGCUUUCGUGACUGCAGGAAUCCAUACUCUCUGGUGCUUUCGGUAAAGUCAC